UUAUGAGGUCACAAUGUGGCCUCCCAGAACAGGGCGGGGCCAGGGCCCAGAGGACAAGGCAGAGGCAGUAUAUAGGCUGUAGCCCCCAGUGGUGAUCAGCCCUGCCAUGGGAAACAACAGUUCCCAGAAAAGGACGAAAGCACCCAAACAGGCCUGCAAGGAGAGGCCACCAGACGUGGACAAGGCCCGGUGGAAACAGUUCUUCAGCCACUUCAAGAGGAAGAAGCAGAGUACCAAGAUCGUGCUGCUUUUCCCCCUGGACAAGUGGCAGCAGCAGCCGGAGGCUGGGCGGCCGGCUGAGGACGCGCCGGGCGCCGCGGGGGUGUCGCCCGAGGCGCCCAUGCUGCGAGGAGCGGGCGACGGCGCGGAGCGGCGCGAGGGCGCGCGCGCGCCCGAGAUGAAGAAGAUCCUGGUCCUGCUGCUGCUGCUGCUGGACGCGCGGCUGCAGGAGGACGGGCGCCGCCGCCCCCGCCCGCGGCCCUGAGCGCCGGCCGCGCCCCCGCCCCCGCCCCGGGACCCGGCCCAAUAAAAGCGCAUAGUAACCCGGCGCCUGCUAGCUCUGUCGGAGCCCUGGGGCGAGGGGGCCGGGGUGCGCCCGCAAAGCCGAGGCCCGUCCGUCGUGCCGAGGGUCGGAACCAGAGCCCAUCCCUGACCUGGGCAGGGGACACCCUGCUACAGUGGCGCAGGCUGCUCCCCUUCCUCCACCAUUCCAGACCCAGAGCAGAUCCCGCCAGGCCCAAGGGCCCAGGCUUGGCCGCGCUAGGAGGAGGGACCUGCUUCCAUUAAAGGCCUAACACCUUCAA